CACUCAGUAGUGUCAUGGAGGUAACAUGGCCGAGGAGACGCGCCUAGUCCGCGUUGAAGAGAGGCUAAGGAUCAAAAUCGGAGAAGCAAAAAACCUUCAGAGUCGAAGUCAUGGGUCUCCAGGUACACGAGACGUGUAUUGCGCGUUGUCGCUUGACCAGGAGGAAAUAUUCAGAACGACGACUAUGGAAAGGACUCUCAACCCAUUCUUCGGAGAGGAAUUUCAGUUCGAGGUACCCAGAAAAUUUCGUUACCUUGGCAUUUACGUUUACGAUCGGGAUAGACAUUUAAAGCAGGAUAAGAUUUUGGGAAAAGUAGCAAUAAAGAGGGAAGAUUUAGCAACAUAUCAUAACAAAGAGAAUUGGUUUCCUUUGAAGCCAGUCGACGCUGAUUCUGAAGUCCAAGGCAAAGCACAUUUGGAGCUAGCUUUGCAACCUCAAGUAGAACAUGCUCAGCCUAAACUUACAGUAAGAGUAAUAGAAUGUAGUGAACUAACCAUUAAAAAUGGUAGCUGUGAUCCCUUUGCAACUGUUACAGUCAUCUAUAGCAAUGGUAAGCAAAUAUCAAAACGCACAAAAGUUAAAAAGAAGACGUCGUCACCGCAAUUUAACGAAACAUUCGUGUUUGAGCCUGAGUUAACGGAGACCAAGGACAAGGAUGUUUCUCAUUAUUCUAUCGAAGGAGCCGAGGUUGGAGAAGUGGUUGUUGGCCUGUGGCAUGCAUCUCCCGGUAUGGGAGAGCAAUCGGUAUUCCUCGGUGAGGUGCGGGUUACCCUGAGAGGAUUGCAAAGGCAGCCAACCAGUACAACAACCGCGUGGUAUUUUCUACAACCUAGAGCAGCAAAACAUCGUCCAAGUAAAAUUUCAAGCAAUUCAACGCCACCUGGCACGUUACCGGGCUUGGGCUCGUUACGUUUGAAGAUACACUACACAGCCGAUCAUGUCUUUCCCUCUGAGAAGUAUGACAUACUGAGGAGUCUGUUGCUGCAGAGUGUUAAUAUUCAGCCCAUAACAUCGUCGGCUGUUUACAUAUUGGGUGAAAUUGUAGCUAGUAAAAUGGAAGCUGCACAGCCGUUAGUUAGAGUAUUGGUGCAUCAUGGACAAUUGGUGUCUGUGAUGCGAGCGCUUGCUAGUCAUGAGAUUUCCAAAUUGACUGACCCAACAACAAUUUUUCGCGGUAAUACAUUAGUGAGCAAAAUGAUGGACGAAGGCAUGAGAUUAGCGGGUCUUCAUUACCUGCAUAGUACUCUUAGACCUGCAAUGGAACAAGUCUUCCUUGAAAAAAAGCCGUGCGAAAUAGAUCCGACUCGGGUAAAGGAUGGCAAUACUAUCGAGACGAAUUUGGCGAAUUUAAAGGAAUACGUUGAGAGGGUAUUCACGGCUAUAACAACGUCGGGAGUGAGAUGUCCGCCUUUAAUGUGCGAGAUGUUCUGGUGUUUGAGAGAGCUCGCCGCGAUUCACUUUCCGAAAAACAAGGAAGUGAGGUACUCGGUGAUCAGCGGAUUUAUUUUUCUACGAUUUUUCGCUCCUGCGAUAUUGGGUCCAAGAUUAUUUGAUAUUACUACUGAACAAAUUGAUUCGCAGACUAAUAGGACAUUAACAUUAAUAUCUAAAACGAUUCAAAGCCUUGGGAACUUGGUGUCUUGUAGAGGAGGCGCAGGUAGUGUUUGCAAAGAAGAAUAUAUGGAAUGUGUGUAUAGAGAAUUUUACACUGAGAAGCAUAUUCAGGCAGUUAAGCAAUUUCUGGAAUUAAUAUCAACCAGUAGUAAUAAUAGCGGUGUCACGAGACAGCGACCAACGAUGUUGCAAGAACAACCAGUAGUACUCAAAGAAGGAAUAUACUUUCUCUUUAUGCAUACCGCUGAUUGCGAUAAGAGAGUAAUGAUUAAACGGGCACAAGGUAGAAAGCGAUUCGGUCGCAAGAAUUUUAAGCAGAGAUAUUUUAGACUUACUACACAAGAUCUGACGUAUUCUAAAACGAAGGGUAAAGAACCUUUGUGUAAGAUACCACUAGAGGAAAUUUUAGCGGUGGAAAGACUUCACGAAGAUUCCUUCAAGAUGAAAAAUAUGUUCCAAAUUGUUCAGCCACAAAGAGCGUUGUACGUUCAAGCUGGUAAUUGUGUGGAGGAAAAGGAAUGGAUCGAUAUCCUUACGAAAAUAUGUCAAACCAACAGUAACCGCUUAGAAAAGUAUCAUCCGAGUGCAUACAUCAACGGUCAUUGGCUUUGUUGCCGGGCAGUUGCUGAAAUUGCACCAGGGUGUAGUGAAGUGUCACCGGGCAUAGAAGCUGGAUUACGAAUGGUCCUAGAUCCGGAUCGCGAUUUACAGAGGAUACACUCGUUAAUCUUCACUAAUAUGCCGCGCCUUGAGACAUUGAUGAAUGCAUGUGAAUGCCAGGCGGUUUAUGGUGCUAGUGAUAUGUGUGUUAUACCGGACGGAGGUUCGCCUAUAGAAGAUGUACCUUCUUGUUUCAAGACUUUAAACUCGUUAAGAGAAGCUGCGUACACGUUGGAGCACGAACACAGAGCCUACUUGAGAAGACUGGCGCGCGACACCAAAUAUGGCAGCAAACAAGCUCCCAUUGGUGAUGACAACUACCUCCACUUAGCUAGUAGAGCAGGAUUCGAUAAUCAGUUAACGAAGCGGUCGUACGAGAUGGAUGGUCUAAAUCAGCGAGGCAUAGAAACGGAGCACUACGAUACGGGAUAUUCGCGGAAAAUCGUCGAUAGUCAGAGAUACGACGACACAUUCAGGAAGUAUCUCGAUUCUGACUCGAUUAAUCGUAGGUACGAAAACGAAAACAACUUAUUGCGAGCGUAUGAAAACAAUGCUGAUACUAUUAGAAGUAUCCAAAAUGAUCUCAAGAAAUUCGAUCAUAGUUUAAACAAUACAUUAAGAUCUGAUAAGUCGGAGAAGAACGGUAACGAGAAUAUGGAGAACCACAAGAGGCUGGAUAGUACCAGCCUAUUGACGGUGGAUGGUAUUAAUCUGUCAGGUACAUUGUCGCAGAAAUUCAGUAAUUACGAUAAUACUAGAGUGUUAGACGAGUGUACGUUGACGAGACGGUUAAAAGACGACGCCCUUGACAUAUCUUGUAACUCAAUGAGCGAGCGUGGCAAUCAUUAAUUUAUCUAUACGAUGUAAAGAUACAAGAGCUGUACGUUCCUAUAAAUUUUUAAAAAAAGAAAGAUCCUCAACGGAUUUUAUAUUGGUUGUUUCUUUUUAAACUAUGCAGCCGUUGCCUUUUCUUUGCAUAGGCGAGGCUAUUUUUUUGUAUCUCUGUAGACAUAGGAUCAUUUCUAUCGUGUAAAAAUUAAUGACUUCGCUGCUCGAGGCAGUUCUCUUUGUUAUGUCUGCAUUUUACGAUGAGUCGCUUCAAUUUGUUUCUUGGGUAUCGCAUAUAUAUAUAUAUAUAUAUAUAUAUAUAGAGAGAGAGAGAGAGAGAGAGAGAGAGAGAGAGAGCCAUGAGUGGGAAUGUAAUUUAUAAUGUACCUUUUCGGUUUGUUACCAUGUUGUGCAGAACGUAACAUCUCGUCACCGCAAAAAUCUCUACUAUUUAUUUAUUUAUUUUCACCUCAUUUCUCGAUACGUUGGAGAUGUAUGUGCAUUAUUAGUAUAACACUGUGCGGAACUGUGUUAUAUUGAUUGCACAAUUUGUAAUCUCAUUCUCUGGAAAGUCGAGUUCUCGCUAAUCGUAAACUCAACGUUAGGUUUAUGCAAUAACGGUUAUUAUUGUACUAUGAAAAAGAAAUUAGCGUAAUUGAAUAUAAUUAUCGUUAUCUUUCGCGCACACGCGACACACACACACACACACACACACACACAUACACAUACAUAUAAUUCCAUCGAUUUUUAGCAGAAUGAUUCCUGUAUUAAUUACAUGACUCUUUAGUAGUCGAUAUUUAUAGCAUAUAUCGCAUAACAAGUAUACAAAAGACAGGUGAAAAUACAAAUCGCCUAUUAACAUUGGACAGUUUCUUCGAUUAUAUCAUAAUAUAAAAUUUUUAAUUUUUCGAGCAAAAAUACCGCAAUAAUAUCACAUAAGCAAAUUUAAACGAUAUACACAUAAAAAAUCCAGAUAACAUACAAUCAGCAAGCGCUGAAAUUAUAAACUUUGUUCUUUACAGGGGCCUAAAUGUCAACAAGUGUUUUUUUUUUCUGCAUUUAUCGUUCUUUUCGUAUCUUCGUUAAAAGACUUGGAAUCUAAAUUUGUUCGACGAUAUAUACACAUGUAAUUUUCAGCUCCGGUAUUUUAUUGGCUACUCUACAUACACUCUCACAUAAACCCAGAAAUGUCGUACACAAAGAAUAUUAGAUCUGCUAACGCGAUUAAAAUAAUGAAUUAAUAUAUUGAAAAAAAAAUAACGAAAGAACAUCAUACGCAACAUGAAAGAUCUUACAAUUUUAAACUGUUGAUGGAUAUUACUUUAAUAACGUCUUGCUUUCGCACUAUUUGUUGUAUAAUGCUAUUACAAUUAACUAAACGAAUAUCUGAUCGAUUUCCUGUGAUAGUGUAUAAUCAGCAUUCAUCGUAACCUAAGCUACAAAUUGCUUACGGAAUGUAUUGUCUACAAUUAAUUUGUAAUCUUUAAAUCUUUUUAGGGUACAUAUAUUUCAGCAUUUAUUAAAGAAUUAUAUUCUUAUCUUUAACUGGGCAACCACAGAUAAUAAUUGUUGCAAUUAGUGACAGUUAUUGCUUCGUUUUUCUUUUUUAAAGAUCAUGUACAUAAUAUUGUACAUAAUAUCGGCAUCAAAUUAAAGUAUCAAUUUUUUUGUUAUUAAUACCCUCGCACACGCAUACAUGUAAAAAUUUAGAUUUUUAUGCUAAUUAUUGUUUAGAGCAGGUCUAAAAAUUCGGACAAUAUCUUCCUGGUAGACACCAACCAGCAAUAACAUUACAACAAUGUUACAAUUUUCCUACUCAACAAUGUAACUAUUGUAUACAACGCAUGUUAUAUUAUACUUACAUUGUUGAGUGAGAGAUCAUAACAUUGAUGU